CAGCAGCCAUAUACAUACGCCGGAGUCCGGAGACUCGUCGAAGCAGAUUGCAGACCUCGGAGAAAGGCACCACCGUCCCUCGUUUCUUCCUCAGGCAUCCACCGACCUUCAGAUGGCCGCCGCCCUGGUGGUGGUGUUCGACUUCGACAAGACCAUCAUCGAGUGGGACAGCGACAACUGGGUCGUCACCAAGCUCGGCGCCACCGACGCCUUCAACCGCCUGCGUCCCACCAUGAGCUGGACCCCUCUCAUGGACCGGAUGAUGGGGGAGCUCCACGAGCAGGGGAAGUCGGCCGAAGACAUCCGCCAGUGCCUCCGAAGCGCGCCUCUCGACGCCCACGUCAUCUCCGCCAUCAGGACGGCGUCCGCAUUAGGGUGUGAUUUGAAGGUGGUGAGCGACGCCAACGCCUUCUUCAUCGAGACCGUCCUGGAGCACCACGGCAUCCUGGGCUGCUUCUCCGAGAUCAACACGAACCCCGCGCGUGUGGACUCCGACGGGAGGCUGAGGAUCUCGCCGUUCCAUGAUCCCGCGAGCUCGCCCCAUGGAUGCAGCCUGUGCCCUGAGAACAUGUGCAAGGGCAAGAUCAUCGAAAGGAUUCAAGCGACAGACAGUGCCAAGAACAAGCACUUCAUCUACAUUGGUGAUGGGAAGGGAGACUACUGUCCCUCCCUCAAGCUAAGGGAAGGGGACUAUGUCAUGCCAAAGGAGAAUUACCCCCUCUGGAAUCUCAUUACCAGCAAUAAGCAGCUUCUCAAAGCUGAAGUUCAUGCAUGGAACACUGGCGAGGGACUCGAAAGGAUCCUUCUUCAGUUGGUCAACAAGCUAAUCACCCCACCCGCACAGGUGACCCAAGUGGACUACAAAUGCGAGAUCAGCAAUCCGGUAUCGAAGGAAGUAGGUCACCAUCAGACUCUCCCUGUCCCAAAUUGAUUCUGAACCAUAUCUUAGCUCGCACUUAUUGGCCAGAUUGCCUGACUAUUUCAAUAUGCCUCGUGUAAGGAACUGUCCUCGCUCCACAUUCAUCCUAAUAUGUGAUGUCAAUAAAAAUUGCACUGAUUUGGUUGA